GAAAUGAAAUUGACGACUUGACUUGAGUAAUGUCCUGUUUGCCAGCUUGUUGAUCCUCUGCGUUCCCCUCCUGCAAGGUUUAGCAGUUGCUAUGGACGGAGAGACAGGGACGUAAGCGGCCAUUGGGGGCGGCCAGGGUGCUCGGUGGGCGGGCUGAGCUUCGAUGGACUGAGCUUCGUUGGAAGACCACAUGACGGGGCACAACAAGGAGAAGCGUUAUGAGUGCGACGUGUGUGGCAAGGCCUGGCAGAAGCCGAGCCAGCUGGAGACCCACCGGCGGGUUCACACGGGAGAACGCCCCUUCGACUGCUCCGACUGCAGCAAGCGCUUCAAGACGGCGAAGGACCUGAAAGACCACCGGCGGGUGCACACGGGUGAGAAGCCCUAUGGUUGCUCCACCUGCGGCAAGAGCUUUUUGCAGUCGGCAGGGUUGUGGGAUAACCGGCGAGUGCACAAGGGUGAGCAGCCCUUCACCUGCUCUGACUGCGGCAAAGGCUUAAAGUCGUCCAAGGGCCUGAAGAUCCACAGGCGCAUGCACACUGGGGAGCGCCCCUACACCUGCAGCGACUGCGGCAAGGGCUUCAUCCGCUCCAACGACCUGCUGGAGCACCAGCGCACCCACACCGACGAGCGCCCCUUUACCUGCGCCCAGUGCGGCAAGGGCUUCACCCGCUCCUCCAUCCUGCUGAGGCAACAGCGCACCCACACCGGCGAGCGUCCCUUCACCUGUGCCCAGUGCGGCAAGGGCUUCACCCGCUCCAGCAACCUGCUGUCCCACCAGCGCACCCACACCGGCGAGAGGCCCUUUGGCUGCUCCAACUGCAGCAAGAGCUUUGUCUGGUUGUCGGGGCUGGUGGAUCACCGGCGAGUGCACAGCAGUGAACGACCCUCCACCUGCAGCGACUGUGGCAAGGGCUUCAUCAACUCCACCAGGCUGCUGUCCCACCAGCAGGUGCAUGCCAGCGACCGUCCCAUCCCCAGCACGGUGUGUGGAGUGCGUUUUGCCAUGGCCUCCCACGCCCUGUCUCACUCGCGCGUCCACACCAGUGGCCAGCCCUAAGACUGCCCGUACUGCGGUGAGGUGUUUGACAGCUCGUGGGUGUUGCUGGCAGCACUGGCCCACGCUGGCGAACGGCUGCUCCCACUGCGGCAAGCUUUUCAAGAGCGCACAGAGAAUGCAGGAGCACCAGCGGAUACACACCGGCGAGAGACCCUUAGUGUGUGCUGAAUGUGGCACGGCUGUGGCAGCACCGUCAUACCCAUGGCUGUGAACGUCCAUUCCCCUUACCGUCUGUGGUAAGGGCUUCACCCACCUUGACCAUCUGCUGGAGCACCGGCGAUUCCACACCAGCCAGCGCCCCUUCAGCUGCCCACUCUGUGGCAAGGCCUUUGCCCAUUCCUCCAGCCUGCUGGCACACUGCCACGUGGAUAGGCGCUGUUUAUGUGGACACAAAAUGUUGGAAGGAAUGGAUAACGUUUCUGGUCGAGACCCUCCUCAGUCUCGAUCAGAAAUGUCACUCAUUCCUUCUCUCCAGAGAUGCUGCCUGUUCCGCUGAGUUUCUCCAGCAUUUUGUGUCCUUUUUUGUAAUCUGCAGUUCCUUGUUUUUUAAUAAUUCUAGUGUACCAUCUCUGCACCUUCCCCAAAGCCUCCACAUCAGCCUGUAAUGUAGUUGCAAAACUGUAUGCAAUACUCCAAAUACUAUUUGACCAAUGUCAAAUGUACAUAUACAUUCCUCUCUCUUUAUCUCACACCCCUUUAUCUCCUUAUUUCCUCUCGCCUCUGUCACUUACUCCACUCAUCUGCCAAUCACUCCCUCGUCUGUCAACGUGAAGAAGGUUUCCGACCCAAAACAUCACCUAUCCAUGUUCUCCACAGAUGCUGCCUGACCCUCCGAGUUACUCCAACACUCUGAAACGUUACCUAUCCAUGUUCUCCACACAGGUGCCGCCUGACCCGCCGAGCUACUCCAGCACUUUGCGUUAGAGUCAUACAAUAAUGCAGUCUGCAAACAGGCUUUCCAACCACACCGACCAACAUGUCCCAGCUACAUUAGUUCCUCCUGCCUGCGUUUGGUUCAUAUCUCUCUAAACCUGUCUAACUGUUCCUUAAAGUUGGGAUAGCCUCAACUACCUCCUCCGGCAGCUCAUUCCAUACACCCAACACCCUUUGUGUAAAAAAAGUUACCCCACAGAUUCCUAUUAAAUCUUUUCCCCUUCACCUUGAACCCAUGUCCUCUGGUCCUCGAUUCUACUACUCUGGGCAGGAGAUUCUGUGCAUCAAUGCAAGAUUCCAGCAUCUGCAGUUUCUUGUGUCUUCCUCACCUAUAUCCACCUGAAGAAGGGUCUCAACCUGAAACGUCACCCAUUCCUUAUCUCUAGAGAUGCUGUCAAUCGACAAUAGAUAAUAGGUGCAGGAGUAGGCCCUAGGGAACCUUCAAGCAAGCACUGCAGGGCAAAAUAUAGAUGAAGAGAGGACCUAGGCUGUUCCACUUGUGAGGCCCCUCCGAAUCCCCCAUCCCCAUGACUAGAGGAAGAUGGAAGAGUCCACCAGAUUUUCUGCCACGUGUGGCCAAUGAGAUAAGGGGCUGGAAAGAUUUUAUUUAUUUAUGUAUUGCCAGUGCUAAUGU